GAAGGGUCGGGCGUAAAAGUCGCCAGGUUUUGGAUGCGCAGUUCGGCCUUCUUUCAUGCUUGUUUCAUGUCAAGAUUGUAUUCGUAAGAUCGAAAACUUCGGUACAUCACUGCAAACAAAAUUUCAUCGCGUAAACUAGUGCUGCAGUGCGAGCUUAUUUCGACAAAGGGUUUUUGUUCGAAGCAAAGUUCCUAUCUCAGGUACAAAUGCCGAAGACUCAGGGAACUCGGGCCAGUGCUCCGGAAGAGCCUAAGGAAAAAAAGGGAAAAAGUGUCAGUGAAAAUGAAGUUGCCGACGCUAAGCAGCCUGGAACCCGGGAAAUAAGGGUUAUGUCAGCUAGAGCAUACCGGGCGAAGUUGAAGGGUAUUUGUUCAGCAACAGCGAACGGUUCCAGGAUGGACAUCUGUAAUGAAGGAAGAAAAUCUUCAGGUGGAGCUGAAGAUGAUUAGAUGCUGACGUGUCUAAGGAUAGUGCUGCAGGAACCUGUAUGUGUGAACAGUACUCAGACUUUGUGGUGGACAUUUACAUAGACAGGGAUACUGCUGCAGACGGCACGAUAACUCUAGAACGGCAUUUGAAAUUUGCAAAGAUCGUAUUGCUCUAAAACAGUACUUUCAAAGCCGACUUCAACUCUAAUCUCAGACUUAAAGAUUGGUUGAUGAUAUCUGGAUGCCUUUAGUCGUGAUUAUCUGGAUGACUUGUGUGGGAAUUGUGACUUUCUGAGACGCAUUCAAUCACCAGACCUCAAUGACAAGUCUAAAUAUCAAUCUGCACUGAAUGAAUCACAGUACUUUGUUGUGCAUACUCCUUAGGUACAUUGAGAACAUCG